GGUGAAUCUAAUUGGAGAACAUGUAGACUACUGUGGCUAUGCUGUGUUUCCUAUGGCCAUUGAGCAAGACAUCCUUGUAGCUGUCUCUACCAACUCUGCUGGGACUCUUAGACUUAGCAAUAUAGAAGAUUCUUAUCCUUCUCAUUCAAGUGACAUCAACAAAAUAGAGAUUCAGAAGGAGAGGCCUGCAUGGUUCAACUAUGUGCUGUGUGCUAUAAAAGGCAUUGCAGAAGAGGGAGGAAUGGAGGGACCUUUGACAGGUCUAGAUAUGAUGGUCAGUGGGAACAUCCCCCCUUCUUCAGGCCUGUCCUCAUCAUCGGCCCUUGUGUGUGCUGCAGCCCUGGCUGUAUCACAUGCACAUGAUCUGCUUUUGUCAAAGGAGACACUGGCUGAGAUAUGUGCCAGCUGUGAGCGACAUGUUGGAACUCAGGGAGGAGGAAUGGAUCAAGCUAUAUCAUUUUUGGGCACUUCAGGCACUGCCAGAGUCAUAGAAUUCAACCCAUUAAGGUCCACACCAGUGACAUUACCUCCAGGUGCCACUUUUGUUGUGGCCAAUUGCCUCGCUCCUAUGAAUAAGGCUGCUACAUCACAUUACAACUGUAGGGUUAUGGAGUGUCGGCUUGCAUGUCAGAUCAUGGCAAAGAAAGCAGGUCUGGUAUGGAAAGAAUACCGUCGACUGGGUGACUUGCAAAAGGUACUGGGAAAAUCUCUUCCAGAGAUGUUGACCCUUGUCUCUGAUACCUUUGAGCCCAGACCAUACAGCAAGGAGGAAAUCUGUGAACUGCUCAAAACUACACCAACUGCCUUAGACAAAACUACCUUGAGUGAGAACACCAGAUUCAUCCAACACUUCAAACUACAUGACCGAGCUCAACAUGUUUUUUCCGAGGCUCAUCGUGUAUGGGAGUUUAAGAGAAUUUGUGAAGAGGAGUGUGAAACAGCUCUCUCAGACUUGGGCAGACUGAUGCAGGAUUCCCACAGGUCAACAAAGCUAUUGUAUGAAUGUUCACAUCCCAAGCUGGAUGCCCUCGUAGAGCUCUCACAGGGAAUGUCCCUUGGGGCUCGUCUUACAGGAGCAGGGUGGGGUGGAUGUAUGGUUGCCCUGGUGAAGGAAGAAGAGGUAGAGAAUUACAAGGCAAAGCUGGUGGAAGAGUUUUAUAACCAGGAACCUGAAGCUCAAGGGAGAGACAUAGACACCAUUCUUUUUAGCUCUCAGCCUGGUUCAGGGGCCUGCAUCUAUAAGUAAUGCACAAUGCCAUUUUAAAUAGGAUGUGCAGAAUAUAGCACUACAUGAUUGCUAGAGUUGACUUAUUGUUGUUUAACAGAGGCUAGGUUUGCUAUAAUAUGAUUUUUCAGAAUUAUUAUUUUUUCUCCUGAUUUGUAUUUGGAAGUAUUAUGUGCUUGUUUGUUUUAUAACUAAGGCACGUUGACAUUUCAUACUAUAUUUUAAACUAUAUAUUUUUUUAUUAGUAUUACCACACACACACACACACACACACACA